AUGCAACAAUUUAACGGGUUCAUUGGAUGGCUCAGUCCAGAGGUACAAAUGCUCCUCCUGAAAGAAAUGACACUGUCAGAUCUUAUGACAUUCGCAAAGACAAGAGAAGAAAAUAAAGAAGGAGUUAAAGACUAUAUGAUGAAACGCCGAGAGAAACUGUUCAGAACAUUCGUUAACGAUGUCGACGGUCUCAUCGAAAUCAUGGACAUCACUGGCACAGUGAUUUCAGGUUCAAGCGCACUGAGCCUCGUACAAGCAGAAACAGAAGCGGUCAAUGCGAAGGACCUGGACGUCUACACAACGGAAGGAUUUGAGGAUGACGUUGUCAAACACUUCAAAGAGAAAGAAAAUUACAUUGGAGUGCAAAAUAUCGUGCGUCAGCAGCAAUACGACAGUUCAGCAAUCACCAAGAUCAUCAAACUCGAAAAAAGAGGCAAAAAGGUUGACAUUAUCGUAACACACUGGUCGUGCGCAAUCGCGCCCAUCAUCCAAUUCCACACGACGUGUGUGAUGAACUAUAUCACAUCGCGAUCACUUGUCUGCCUGUAUCCAUGUUGGACAUGCGCAAACGAAGGAUUCAUUAAUCCACUGCUAUAUGUCGACGGGAAAACGACCCUGUACACUGUCGACGCGUUGAUGAAGUAUACAAGAAGAGGAUUCAAACUCACUGCAGAUCCAUGGCGCCUGGGAGAUCAUGAUUGUGAGGAUGAAGCAACGGGAGAGGAAAAAAGUGGUUAUUGUCCCCACAAGCUGAGGAGCACGAUAGACGACGAAGUACUGUGCUGGAGGUAUGCGCCAACGCAAACAUUGGCAGGAACGACAAUCUCGUGUGAAAGUAUAGGGAUCAUGGCAUGGUACCUUGGAGGAUUUCAGUGCAGAGAGGGUGAUAAGGAAGAAACAAUGUCUUUGCUGUUUGUAUCACCUUGA